AUGAUAACUGCGGCACCCUCACGAAUUUCGUUCGCGUGCAGAGUGCCCUGUGAAUCGGAUUUACCCCAGUCAGGAGGUCUCCCUUCAGCUUCCGGUGUUCGUGCUUGUGCAGCUGUCAUCGGCCUAAGCUGUCGUCCCAGGCCAGUAAUCGUGCUUGCGCUUAUACGUCUAUCCGGUUUCACACUUCGAGGUGGAGCGGAUGAACUGGCUGAGCUGAUGAUUGCUAUUUCCGGUUGUGUUCGAAUACAUGGACCAAAAUUGGCCUUUUACGGACUGCCGCUGGAGCUAAGAUGCAUCGCUAACUUCACAUCUCCCGAAGCCAAAAUGGACCCCAGCAAUGUGCUAGAAUGGUACCACAAUGGUGUCCGCAUACGCAAUGGGCGCCACCAUAUGGGACGCGCCUUAAUAACCCGGCGAUGGAUCGAUUCGUAUCUUCUGGAGUCACGGCUCUUACUGACGUGGGUAUCUGAACGCGAGGGUGGAAUGUGGUUCUGUGUCCAUCGAGGGCGCCAGACACAACCUUCGGAAGAAAUUAAGGAAUGUAAUAACUCCCAGACGACUGAUAUGCUCACAACUGCCCCCCCUGUAAAUUCCUCAACUAGAAAAGGUUUCGCAGCUACACGCCUCGAGACUGGACCCGCGGAAACGCCCCAUGACGAGCUGUUCAUACGGAUCAUGGGUAUGACCGCAUUUUGUGAAACCUGA